AUCAGUUUCACUUUUAUUUCACAGUCUACUUCCGGGAAGGGGCCACGUUGUUGGUGGCCACACGCUAGAGAAUGGCUGCCUUGAGUUGCUUGAAGGAAGAACUGGCCUGUCCUGUAUGUCUGGAGUUGUUGAAUGAUCCUGUGACCACAAAUUGUGGCCAUAAUUUCUGUUCUCAAUGCCUCGAGGAGGUAUGGAGUGAAGCUAGAAGUCUAAAUCAGGACAUUCAGUGCCCACAGUGCAGGCAUCGUUACACCGAGAAACCCGUGCUAAAGAAAAACAUACUUUUGGUUGCUCUCAUCGACCAGUUCAUCCAAGAGCCAGCAGAAUUUUCGGGAGAUGGUGACGAUGUUCCCUGCGACUGGUGUUUUGAGACGGUUCUCAAGGCUGAAAAGACAUGUUUGACGUGCAUGGCCUCCUACUGUCUCUCCCACCUGAGGCCUCACAUUCAGAAUGCUGCUUACCAGGAUCAUGAAAUAACAAGUCCAAUCAGGGACCUGCAAAAAAGGAAAUGCAAAGAGCACAGAAAGAUCCAAGAGUUGUUUUGUACAACACACAGCAUUUUUGUGUGUGACUCUUGUAAGCCUACACAUAUAAGCUGUAAAAUAACCUCAUUAGAGGAACAGUGUAAAGAGAAACAGGUGAAUGUUCAAAGUAUUCUUGGAGAAAUAUCUGAUGAAAUAAAAGCAGCAGAAGGAAAACUUGAUUCUUUGGCAAAUGAGCACCGUUCUGUCAAAGAAACUGCAUCCAAGAUGAAGAUAUUGAUGGGAGAAAAGUUUAAGGAGAUCAAAAAGCUUCUUAUAACAAAAGAAGAAUCUAUGAGGAAGCUAAUAGAUGAAGAGUACAUGGAAAUUGAGAUAAGCUUUGAAGCAGCUUCAAGACAAAUUCUUGAACAUAUUGAAGAACUCAGCAACACCAAAAGUCAAAUCGAACCUUUGGCAAAGGAGAAGGACCAGUGGAGGUUCUUGAAGGCCACUUCAUCAAUACCCAAUCAAGUCACACAUCUUCUUAAUCCAGGAGAAGCCGUAAACGCAUACAACAGAAGACUACAAUUCAUAUGCAAAUACGCUUUAAAGCUAAUCUCAAAUCUCAAACCUGAACUGGACAAAUUUUGGCAGGAGAUAUUCAAGUAUGGAGAAUUCUGUGAACUCACCUUUGACCCAAAGACAGCACACAGGCAGGUCGCUUUGUCAGAAGGAAACAGGAAGAUAUUUUGGUGUGAUUAUGCACAGUCCUAUGACAAUAAUCCUGAAAGAUUCACUAACAGCAUCCAAGUGCUGUGCUCGCAGAAGUUCUCUCAGGAUUGUUAUUACUGGGACAUCUCCACCAAGCACAGUACUGGCUGGGCAAUUGGGAUUGCUUACAAAAGCAUCAAUGUAGGAGUUAGCCUCAGUCAAACUGAAAAAUCAUGGUGUAUACAGUGGAACAGCAACUAUUAUUUCUCAGCUUGGCACAAUAAUGCAGAAUAUAAAUUAGCAUGGGUGAUACCUCCAACUAUCAGGGUGUGUCUCAAUUUUGACGGUGGUUCUGUAUCAUUUUACUCUGUCGCUGAUAGUAUAACUCUGCUACACAAAUAUGAUGUUGCAUUUACAGAACCUGUCCAUCCUGCCUGCUGCCUUAUAAACACAGGGAAAAAUAACGCACUGGCUUUGGAGCCUCCACCCUAGAAUACAUGAGGGAAGGAUUACAGUUUAGAACGGUCAGGAUUAGAGUAAAUUUUAUGAUCUAGCAGUACCAACAUAAAGCUUCAGCUUUCAGGAGCUCCAAUUCGAGGCCCAAAUUACUCCCCCUUCCGUUAGUUUUGAUGGAAGGAAAUAUUCACGGGCUGCAGAUGCCUUGGUACCCAAAUUUCUGAUUAUGUGCUCCCAUCACAUGAAGUUCUUUGCUGGGUGAGCUGAGUCAUAAAAUUUAUUCUUCUUCAAGCUUUUAGACAAGAAUUAUUGCUAAGGAACUAUGUCAAAAAUGGGGCUCCUAUGCCACUAGCUGCAGAAUGCUUAGAAAUAAAUAAAAAUAUUAAAGAGAAAUAAAAAUUGAAGGAUUUUUUUUUCAGGAAAACCCUCUUUCACAGCUUCAGUGAUAACACACUGAGGCAAACUGUUAAGUAAUAGCAACAAGCUUGGCUGCUGGAAACACCAGUACGUUGGCUGCUGGAAACACCAGUAUGUAUAAUAAGUGAACCAUCAGAGACACUGGAAAAUCUGAAAUAUAAACAAAGUGUUUACAACACUCAGCAGAUCAGGUCAAGCUGCAACAUCAAUCCCCCAUCCCUGACCUGAUAGUUUCCAGCAUUUUCUGUUUGGUAAGAAUUAUACCAGGUUUCCCAUUAACACAAUUAUUAAGGUGUUGCCAAGAUAGCGAUGAGUGCAACGAGUGGUAGGAAUCAUUUCAAAACUGUACAAUCUUUGUAAUGCCAUUAAUUAAAACAUGAAUAGGCAAUUAUCACUUAAAUUACGUAUUAAGGAAGCAGGAAAUUAGCUGAAAAGUGAAAUGUAUCUAAUUAGCUGAAUAUUAAUUUAACCAGAAAGAGCAUUUUGCAAUCUUUUUUCUAUCAGGUGAGUCAGUAACUAUUCCUAAGUUUUGCUUAGAAGGUGACCCAUAACAAGAGAGUUCAUUCAUUUCUUAUUCUGUAAAGUUCUGCAGGAACUCCAUCAGCUUUUUGGGCUGAGAGGAAAGGAUUCAGCCAUACUUAAACUACAACUCUCUUGGGAGAAUGGUUAUCUCUAUCUGUAGCCAAGAUCUGGAAUUCCUGAUUGGUGAGGGACCACUGCUUAUCCCCUGGUAUUUCUGAUUGGCAGCAUUAGCUCAGGCUUUGGUUUUGGAGGAGGAGGGUGUGGGGUCACGAAUGAAACUAAGGGCGGGAUUUUCCACUGGGAUUGUCCGGUCCCGCCGAAAGUCAAUGGACCUCUGUCUCACCCGCUGCAUACUCUGCAGCCGCCACUGCGGGGCUGGAAAAUCCCGGCCUAAGACUUCUCUGAAUUGCCACAGAAUCAGAAUUAUUAUUGUUACAGCACAGAAAGAGGCCAUUUGGCCCAUUGUGUCAGCACCAGCUCUACUAAUGAGCAAUACAGUGGACCCUGCAGCUGGAAGCUGGAGAAUCUGGCUCACAAGGAUAGUCAAUGGAUAUCAAUAAAGUGUGUUUUAAGGAGUUUGUAGAGAAUCCCCUUCUGCCACUGUUUCCCCUGUAAGACUGUUCUGAGGGUUUUACUUUUCUGCCCUCAAAAACUAUGCUGGACCAAAUUGAUGUGUUUUAUUGUAAUGCUGAAACAGUUAAGUGGUCAAAUUAUAAACUGAUGGCUUGUGACUAUUGUGGUGGGGCAGGAAUAUUUCUUCAAUCUCAGAUAUUUCUCUUUUCCCCCUAUCCCAAACCACCUUAUAACAAAAUUCUGGAUCAAAUGUGUCAGAAUAAUCCAGUUCGAUAAACUGCUGAGAAAGUGAAAUUUGUAACUUUUCUUUAUAAUUUCUUCUCUAAUUUCUUGUGGUGACUGGACCGGGAAAAUGUGGUCCAUGUUUUUACUCGAUGAAUAUGAUGCCACUUUGACUUCUGUUAAGGAGGCAACUUUCUGGAAGAAAAAGUUUGACGAAUAGGACUUGGCAAUUCAGCCCCUUGAGCCUGUUGCACUGUUCAGUGAGAUCAUUGCCGCUCUGUACCUCCUCAACGCUUACCUGCCUUAAUUACAUGUUUCUUGAUAGCCUUUUUGCAAUUUGAUUAUAAACAAAUGGUGUAUAUGACAUUUGAACAUAUAAUUGCAUAUAAUUGUUAUGACUAACGAUGUCUUGUACAAUUUGCUUGCUUCCUUUUUCCAACUAAUAAAAGGUUUAGCAAACA